UUGAGAGGGGAGGAUCUGUGGGGCAGCAGAGCAACAUUAGCACCAGAAAGUUCCCCUCGUGAGCCACAUGAGAGGAAGAGCGGCUCCGGCAGCAGGUGUUAGUUUCCUACGUUCGGCUGUGUGAGGACUCGGUUCGAUCAGAGGAGGAGAGAAAAGUUUGAUCAGCACCAUCAUGUCAAACCUUCGACCCAGACUGUGUGUGAUGAGGAAAGAACCCGGCGGCUACGGGUUCCACCUGCACGGAGAGAAGGGCAAGACCGGCCAGUUCGUGCGGCUGGUGGAGCCCGACACUCCCGCCUCCGAGGCCGGGCUGCUCGCGGGGGACCAGCUGACGUUCGUGAACGGGGAGAGCGUGGAGGGGGAGAGCCACCAGCAGGUCGUAGCCCGGAUACGGGCCACCGCCGGGACUCUGGAGCUCAUCGUGGUGGACGUGGAGACGGCGGAGCUGCUGAAGAAACACAACCUGCAGUGCCGGAAAGAAUUCGUCACGGAGGGGAUUCCCCUGCCAGGCGGGGACAGCGACUCGGACCGCGGGGACGCGCAGAGCAACGGCACCCCGAGGGAGGCCACCCCGGUCCGCUGGGAGAACGGGGAUGCUGGCUCGGACAGGUCGGGGAGGCUGAGUGUCAGCUCCAGCACCAAGGAGGACGUGGAAGGACUGCGGCCUCGUCUGUGUCACCUAAAGAAGAGUGCCAAUGGCUACGGCUUCAACCUGCACAGUGAGAAGACCAAACCAGGCCAGUUCAUCAGAGCUGUGGAUGAAGACUCUCCAGCUCAGAGAGCCGGCCUCAGACCGCAGGACAAGAUCAUCCAGGUCGACGGUGUGUCAGUUGUUGGGAAGCAGCACUCUGAGGUGGUGGCUGCCAUCAAAGCUGGAGGAGAUGAGACCAAGCUGCUCGUGGUCGACGCUGAGACUGAGGAGUUCUUCAAGAGAUGCCAUGUCCUGCCUUCUGAGGAACACGUCACCGGACCUCUUCCCAAACCUGUGUCAGAGAGAGCAUCGGAGAAUGAGGAGGAGGAGGCAUCAGCAAACAGACAGACCAGAGUGUCUGUGAGCUCUUCAGUCUCCAGUGUGGCAUCCAAUAACUCACCACCUCCAGAGGUCGAAAGGGCUUCUGAGCCUGAGCCAGCUGCCGACGGCUUGGGCCUGGGUCUGUCCCUCGCCCAGGCCAGAGAGAGGGCCCACCAGAAACGAUCCGCCAAGAAAGCCCCGGCCAUGGACUGGAGCAAGAGGAACGAACUGUUCAGCAACUUAUAAAACAUCACCAUUACACCAUCUGUCAUUAUGUUCGUCUGCAGACCGCUCUGUGCUGCCCUCCAGUGGUGAAGCGAGAGAGAAAAUCAGCCUCUGCUCUCAAGAUCCCCACACUGCCUGUGGAAGACACACAGCACUGAGCUCAUUUUAAACUCCCAUGUUAAACAGUAUUAUAUGUUGAUUUUAUUGUUGUAAUUUAGGGUUUUGACACUUUUCUUUCUUUCAUGUUUUAAUGAUGGUUGAAAUGUCUGCAUCACACACUGGAAUAAAUGUUAAUAUAUUAGGAAAAGCAGAGCUAGUAAUGUACAGUUUCUCAUGAAAAGCAGCAUGUAAGGAAUAAUGGCACAUCGGGAAAUCAUUGACACUAUUUUAAAUUCAAAAUGAAAAAAAAUACACAUUUUCUCUAGCCAGUUCCUGUCGUCUCUCCUGAGACACUAUCUGAAAAUCAACAGCAUGUCUUAUGACGUCUUAAGCUGGUUGAAGGGGCCAUGUAGGUUUUAGCAUGAUGUUUUUCCAGCCGGGGGUUCUGUCCUCAUACGAUUGAAAGAAAUUAUUUUUCAUGUUGCGCUUGAUAAAUUUGUACAUACAUAAAUAAAUGAUUUAAGAGCCUAUUUUAUUUUGACUGACUCAAAGAAUGUGAAUUUCCACUGUUCUGUUGAUUCUAAUGAAAAAGCUUAAAUUUUAAGGCUGCACCUGUUGGUCUGAGUGUUGGCGACACUUAAAACUUUGGAAAUAUACAGUAUGUACUGAUGGCUGUGCUAUAGAAUGUAUUGAUGAGGAUUGACAAAUAUAGCAUUUGGAUCAAAAGGAA